AUGAAUAUUGUUGAACCCUUCAUCGUUAAGAUGAAGAUCAUCAAUAAAAGCAAAAAGAAUCAAGCUCUAGUACAUAAUGCACUAGGUUUGGUGAAAGAAUUUCCUUUCGUUUGUGGAAUUGAUAUCGAAAUGACACGAAAACAUAAGAAAUUUACAAAAGAAGCAUGGAAAUUUGCUGAAACAAUCUUAGAAUUAUUUUCAUUUAUUCCAAAUGAUAGUUAUACCCUUGGCAAAAUAUUCCAAGCUUUAAUUAUCAUUGGAUCUUUUAAUAACGACCUCCCAGAUUCUCCAAAUUACAAGAUAAUCGUAUCAAUGAUACUUGAUAACAUCAAAGAUGAAAUUGAAUUACAUUCUCAGCUUUCAUUUCUAAGUACACUAUGCAUGUUUCCAACAUUUGUGAAAUCAUUCUUUUUUGCACCAUAUUUCCCUGAUUUUGUUGAGAAAAUGAUGACAGAUGAAUCACAAAUCACAGCGUUUUCAUCUUUCAUUGAAGUUUUCUCCAGAGUUGUAAAUUUUCCGACAUUGCAAUUACCAAAGAUCAUUAACAUCAUGCAAAUCGUAUUGAAUAACGUUAAACAAAAUAAAUUUACCGUAAAUACAAUUGGAAAUACAUCAAAGUUUAUUGCAUCCUGGAUAGAAAAGGCAUCUACUAAGAAUCCAUCUAUUUUUAAGAAGUUUGAACAAAUGGAUGGAAUUAAUAUUUUAUAUCAAGCGUUAAAAUCAAAUCCUUCGAAGUCUACACAUUUAUUUUUCAAAUCAUUACUUAAAUCAUAUACAGAAAAUAUGAAACACUUACCAAAUAUCGUUGUUUCGGAUUUCAUUUCGACAAUUUUAAGAGAAAAAACAGAUAAAAGCACUGUUUUCCUAUUACAUACAAUUGCUGAUAUCAUUAGCGACACAAGCAUUGAUCUAUCAGCAUUAGACAACUCAAUACAUUUUGAUUCAUUAUUUACAAGCAAAGAAUUAAUUGAAUUACCAGAAAUAAUCAAUGUUAUAUCAUCAUUAGUCAAUAGAAAAUACGAUCACACAACAGAAAUCAUUCUUUCCUUCUUUUUGUCAGAUAAUUUUGUCCAAAAGAACAAAGAAAUCGAACCAGUCAUAUCCAAUGCAUUGAAUUCAAAUCUUAUCAUCAUUACACCCGAAAACAACUCACAAUUUGAAGACUUUUUCGUUAAUCAAAAUGCGAAAUAUAAUAUUUCGAAAUUAUUAUCGGAAAACCAAGCAAUUUUUGAUCUAUUUCUCAAGUUCUACACCGUUACACCCGAAAAACAGCUUUCUUUGCUUGGAUUCAUAUAUUCUUUGUCAUCAAAUUUUUCAUCAAUUGACAAAUUCGUUACAUUGAUCAGUAACUUGUUGUCAAUCAACUUUAACAACGACAAGAUCAAACUUUUCUCAGUAAAAUUGAUGACACACUUUUCUUUGCCACUUUUUUCGUCAUUGGCAAAUUUCUUCAAAAUUUCAAGUGACAAUGUUUCAAUUUUUUUGUCAUUUGGAGGACUUUCUGUUCUUAAACACGUGUUUGAACGUGAAGAUCUACCAGACGAGAACAUCACCGACAUGUUGAUUGCGAUGUCUAAUCAUCCUUUCAACCAUUUAUUGAAUGAAUCAAUUAUGAAUUUGCCAAGCAAUCACAGGUUCUUUAGAUUGUCGAAAUCAUGUUACAGGAAACUGAUUUACGACAUAAAAAGAACUAGUCCUAUAAGAUUACCUGUUUUCUUACCUUUCUUGGAUUAUCCUUUACAAACUGAAGAAGAAAUUGAUUUGAUAAAUGAAGCUUUAUAUUCUUUUCCUGUUUAUAAAAUGAUAGGAAAAGAAUUACCUAAUUUGGAUAGAAUUUGCAAUAUAAGUGUCAAUCUCAAAACAAGUAUUUCUUUAGUAGAGAAUUACGAUUUGUUUAAAUUGACAUCGAAUGUAAAUUCAAAUCAAAAUUUCCCUUUCUUUGAAUUUUUACCCUGCCACAAUUCAUUUAUUGAAAUGGACAUUCCUUUCUUAGGAAUUUCAUUUUGGUUCAAGACAUCGCAUAAAUAUCCUUCUCAGUUCGUGAUAUUUAAAGCGAAUGAUGUCUUGAUUUCGUGUCAAAUGAAUGUUUUGACAAUAAAAUGGGGAAAUAACGAGCGAAAUCAGACAUUUCAGAAAACUGAUGAUUGGCAUUUCGUCUUUAUUAGCUCUAGUGGUUGGAUGUUCUCCGAAAUGGUUAAUGUCAUUGUUGACGACACAGAAUACAAAUUUGAAAAAGAUGAAUUGUUCUCAAAAAUUUAUUUCGGAGAUAAUGAACAAAAUAAUCCAACAACAUUCAAAAUUGCUGCAAAUAUAAGGAUCUAUGAAUCAUUGUUCCAAGAUGUUUCUCACAUCAAACAAGUAAGAGACAAAGGACCAAGUAAUUUCGAAUUAAAUCAAUUCGAAAAUUUGAUUUAUUUUUCAUCAAAAUCUUCAAAUCUUUUGAAAAAUAAAUUUAUCCUGGGAAAUUCUGUAAUUUUGGUUGAAUCUAGACCUUUGUCUUCUUACCUUGAUUAUCCUCUGUUUUUGUCAAAAGUUUUUGACAGAUUACAAAAAUCGGAAACCCCAGAAAAUUUGACAUUUAAUGUUCUCUCAAUUUUGACACUUUUUAAACAAAGUGGAUUCAAAAACGAACAGUUUUGGUAUUAUCUUAUAAUAUAUCUUAAGAAUGCGAAGUAUUUAACUGAAGACGUUUAUGAUUUUAUCAUUGAUUUUCUGACAGAAAAUUUGACACCUGACAAAAUGUCAGAUGUAAUGAGAUCAAUGUUUUUAGAUGCAGAAUUAUGGUUCAUUUUGAAAGAAGAAGAAAAAUUGAAGUUAAUGAAACGGUUAUUUACGGUUUUGACAACCACUUUGAAAGAAUUUAUUUCACCACAAAAUUGGAUUCCAUUUUUACUCAGACAAAUGACAAUGAUAGAAAACGAACAAAAUUUUGCAAAAUUCUCUGAAUAUUUAAUUAAAAUGGCUUUUAUAAAUGCAGAUAAAAAAGCCAUUUUGUCACUUUUAACCUUAAUUAACUAUGAACCCGAAAAUUUGAAAAUCAAAUUCUAUUCUGUUUUCAGCUUGAAUUUAUUCUUUAAUUUGUCAAUGUAUGAUGAUUUGGCAGCUGACAUUGUACCCCCAAAUUUCUUGUCUUCAUUUAUUACUUCUACAAAUAAUGAUAGAAAAUCUUGCAAAGGAAUUGAAUUAUUACAAAAAUUGAGAACUAUGAAAAGUGACAAAUUUAAUAUUUCACUUUCUCCAAUUUCGCCGAAAUUUAUUGGUAAUUUAGUUUUCUUUUAUCACGCGUGGUCAACAAUUUGUGAUGAUUUAAUCAUUGAUUUAACUCAAGAUUUUUCAAUUGUUUACGAAAAUUGUUUUUGCUACUUGUUGAGUGUACAAAUGAUCAAUUUCUCUGCUUUGUUGUUUUCGAGAAUAACAAAUCAAAACAUACAAAAACCGUUGUUGGAAGCGGUUUCUAACGGUUUUAAAGUUCUUUCAAAAACUGUUGAAACAAAUUCAUCGUUGUUUUCAAACAGAAAUAAUAUAUUUUUGAUUUGUUUCAUUGCAUCAAUGACUUUCGCGUUGUUGAAUACAAAGAAAGAAAAAGAAGUUUCCGCACAAAUUCAAUCGAUGACGGUUAAUUUCAGCGGUUUGUCAGAAGAAGAUUUCAAUACAAUUUCUUCUUCAAUUUUUGACACUUUUUCAAUUGAAGAUUCAUUUAAAGGAGAAUUUUUGAACAAAAGAGAGUUUGGUAAGACUCCUUUGAAGUCUUACCAUCCUAUUUCGAAUUAUUUAGAUCUUUUCAAGAAAUCUUUGAAUGAAAGUAAUGUUAAAACUGAUUUAAAUUUUCAGAUUCCGAAUGAAGAAAUUUAUGGUUUCUUGAAAGAAAUUAGCUACCUAGAUUUCAUUUCUAAAAUUGCUGAAAAGAACAAAGAAUCAGCUUUAUGUGGACAAAUUGUUUCAUUCUGUAUUGGAUUUGAACCAUUUUGUUUCUCUGAUUUCGCUGCUUAUUCUUAUUCAAGAUUUUUGAAUGAAUCCGGACUUUCUUUCCAAGGUUUAUCUUUAGAUAUCAUUGCUUCUUCUUUGUUUAACAUUCUUAAUGACAAGGAUUUCACUUUAAUCAAACAAAAAGAAGAAGAGAAUCAACCUGAAAACAAAGAAAAGAUUAUUGAUGAAGAAAAAGAAAAUCCAAACAAUGAAGAAAAGAAUAAUGAAACAACUGAAGAAAUUAAUACAGAAGAAAAACAAGAAGAAAAUAUUGAUCUAGCAAAUGAAAAUCAAAAUGAAACAAAAGAAGAAAUAUCAAAUGAACCAAUUCAAGAGGAUCAGACAGGAGAAAAGAAUGUUGAUGAAACAAAUAAAGAAAGUGAAAAUCUAAUUGAUAACGAAAAACAAAACGAAGUAAAAGAAAAGCUUAAUAACAUAACAAAUCAAGAAAAAGAGAAUCAAUUAGUAGAAGAAAAACAAAAAGAAAAUCAAAAUCAAACUCAAGAAGAAAUCCAAAAUGAAACAAGUGAAGAGAAAGUUAGUGAAAGAAAGAAAUUUGAUAAGGAUGAAUUUGUUAAUUUGAUACUGAAGAUAUGUAAAUUGAGCAGUGAAAUAAUUAAAGAUAAUUUGAUUGAGAUCAUUCCUUUGAGAGUUCUUCCAUUUAUAAGUACAUCCAAAGCAAUGGAAAUCUUAAUGGAUUUGUACAAAGAAACAAACAAAAACAUUAUUUUAUUAUCUUGUCUGUAUGCCGUAUUAAUGCAAAAUGAAUUAUCAUCUUUCUUACCUCAAAUUACACAAAAGGAAAGUUUCAAAUCUUUCUUUUCAAACAAAUUCUCAAAAUAUAGUUUAGAAAACUUAUCUGAAAACAAUUCAGAACUUCUUAAUGAAAUGGAGAAAGCAUUACAAGAUGAUUUGAAAGUGAAGACAGUUGGAUCAGAAAUACAAAGUUUCGAAAGAAUUGCUGUUCAAAUUCAAAAUUUGAUUUUCUCAGCAAAUUCUGUUGUUUUGUGUUAUUCCAAAUUGGCAUUUCCACUUAUCCAGAAACUAUUCGAUUACAUAAUAUUCACAAGUUUCAGACAAACAGAGUGUUUCAUUGUAUCUGUUUGGCAAAACGAAUAUCAAGCUUUGCCUUUGACAGAAAAUGACAAUUUUUCAGAAUCAUUUUUAGUCAAACCAUUUAAUUCAUCACUUGUUCUGCAUAGAUACCUGAAAUUAGAAUCACAAACAGAAGGUGAUUCAUUGAUUUCAUAUAAUGUUUUCAUUGACGAAGGUAUUAAAAAUGAAAACACAACAUUUCUUCCAAAAAUUGAAAAUCUCGACAUUUCUAAGUUCACAAGUUGGGUUCAUCAGAACAAUGCUGUUCUUUUUAGCUCAUUCUUGAAGAGAUUCUUCAAAUUCGGAAAUUUCAAAGGAACCGUUGACGGUUUGAUUGAAUCAAUGAACGUGACACUUUUCAUGUUUUCACCAGCAAUUUUAAUUUUGUUUGGCAGCAAAUAUGAGAAUUCUGGAAUUUAUUUGUCUGAGUUAGACAACGAUUUUGUUGAGAAACUUGCAAAUGGUCAAUACGGCCAAUUCACAUCAUUUUGUGGCCAUCCUGUUUUGAUAUUUAAUCCUUACGAUGUCAUCGAAUAUAUGACAACAAAAAGUUCGAUUGUUUUGUUUAGAUUGAAUUCUUCUUGUCUCAAAUUUAAUUUCAAUACACAAACUGGUUUACCAAAGACAUUUAUUGAAACAAUCAAUAGCGGAAAGAACUAUUUGACAAAGAAAGUUUCACCAAGUUUUAUCAACAAAACUAAGUCUGUUUCUGAAUCUUCUUCUCUUUGGUCAGAAAGAAAAAUUUAUUCUGUCAGAUUUUUGUUUGACAUCAAUUAUGACAAUAUUUUGAUGAAUUCUCAAACGAAGUAUCCUUCAACAAAGUAUUUGAUACCAGAAAUGUCUCAAGAUAAGAAAUAUUUAAUAGAUGAAAAUGAAAUCAUUAACUUUUGCAAGGAAAUGAAUGUUAAAGUUAAACCAAGAAUUUCUUGUUACGAAAAGAAAUAUAUAAAUGAUAUAGAAAUAACGAAAAUGAAGAAAUACAAGGUCAAAACAAAGAAUGGAAUGAUAAUUUGCAACAAAAACUCUUCAAUAAUGAAUAUAACUUCUAAUUAUGAUUCAAGUGAAGUGACCACUUUGCAAUUUCCAGAAUUUAUUGCUUUACAACAUUUGAGUAUUUCUGAUGAUUAUGAUUAUAUUUCUGCUGAUUUCAAUUACGGAAUUGUCACUGUUUAUUUGGUGAACUACAACAAUGAAAAUGUUGUUUCUUUGACACCUGUUUCUAGUUUACCUUUGUGUGAAUCACCAUCAAUAACAGCUCUUUGUUCACAACUUUAUUUGGCUGCUUCAGCACAUUUGGAUCAAGUUUUGUUCUGGAAUUUCGCAAGAGGUUACUUCAUAAGGAAAGUCUCUGUGAUGUUCCCUAUUUGUGGCCUUGCUUUUGAUUCAGAUCAGACACUGUGGGUCUGGGGAUCUACACAACUCUGCUGCCUUUCAUUAAAUGGAACAAUGUUGGGUGCUUACAACUGCGACCACAAAAUUGAGAAUGUUAAACCUCUUCCUGACAGACACGUCCUCGUUUUGCAAGUCAAGGGAAUUAGAGAACUCUUUAAGUACCAAGAUGGAAAACUUGUAUUCGUCAAUAUCUAA